AUUUUCGUUUAGUUUAUGGCUUCCUGUCAGUCUUCAACAAAUAAUCUGAAUUUCGUAUCCUCCCUUUUUUCUUUUAUUGUGUAGUUUUUCACAGAAAAUGUCUUCUAAAAGUGAAAAAGAUCGAGCUAAACAGAUCCAGGAUCGAUGUCAGAACAUUCUAAUCCAAAUGUUAAAAGAUGAGGACAAUAAAUAUUGUGUAGAUUGUGACGCUAAGGGACCACGUUGGGCAUCAUGGAACCUAGGUAUAUUCCUAUGCAUAAGGUGUGCUGGUAUCCAUCGUAACCUGGGUGUUCAUAUAUCCAAGGUGAAGAGUGUCAAUUUGGACUCAUGGACACCAGAACAAGUGGUAUCACUGCAACAAAUGGGCAAUUCUCGUGCAAGAGCAGUAUACGAAGCAAAUCUGCCGGACUCCUUUAGACGGCCACAAAAUGACUCUUCACUUGAGUCAUUCAUACGGGCCAAAUACGAACAGAAGAAAUACAUUGCUAAGGAAUGGGUGCCACCACAACUUCCUAAAGUGAAUUGGGAUAAAGAGAUAGAUGAAGAAAUAGAUAGGCAAAAGAGGAAAAAGAAAGCGACCACUUCCUCUCUGGGACCAUUGCCCGCGCCAUCUGUUGAUAAAAAAUAUAACAAAUCGGACGUUAUCCCCAGUAUACCGAAACCCAAAUCGUCAGUCAGUCCCAAAUUGAGUAGAAAUACACCAGUUGAAACCAAACCGAGUAAUGGUGCAGCUGAUCUGCUGGGAUUGGACACUGCCAUGCCCUCGACCAAACCAGAGCAGAAGUCUACUAACGAUGAUAUUUUCUCAAGUUUCUUCUCGGCACCAGAAAAACCGGCUGAGGUACCGCAAGAACAAAAAUCAGAUUUGAAAACAGAAGAAGAAAAUUUCUUCAAACAAUCUGCACCUACUGAGAAAGAAAAGUCUAAACUUACUAAGGAUAGCAUAUUAGCGUUAUACAGUCAAACACCUAUGAACCAGUUUAAUCCAGUACCUCAAAUGCAACAGAUUCCAGGUCAACAAAUGCAACAGAUUACAGGUCAACAAAUGCAACAAAUGCCAGGUCAACAAAUGCAACAUAUGCCAAGCCAACAACUACCCGGGCAUCAACUACCCGGUCAACAACUACACGGGCAACAACUACCCGGUCAACAACUACACGGGCAACAACUACCGGGGCAACAACUACCUGGACAACAAAUAACAGGCCAACAAGCUCCUGGCCAGUUCUAUCAGCCAUAUAUGAUGAAUGGUAUGCAAAUGAACCAAUUCCAACCAGCUAGCCAAUUUCAGUAUCAAAUGCCACCGCAGCCACAGUUCCAGACGCAGCCAAACUUUUUCAACCAGCCCCUUUCGCAACAGUUUGGCAAUCUUAAUUUAGGUCAAGGUUUCCCAAACGCAUUUCCUAACCCCAAUGUUGCCAGUAAUUCGACGUGGCAAUAAUAAAAAUAGUUUUUUUUUUAAAUGGCAAUACUUUUUGAACAUGGCGUUUUGGGCGAUUAAAGUAGCAUGGCGUCUCCCGAUUUAGACAAUAUGUUUAAACAUUAAAAAAAUACAAGAUUAGGGCAUUGUUACACAUUAUAGUCUUAAUUCUGUUUAUUCAUGUUUAGUUACAACAUUGCGCAAACUUAUUUUCGAGUUAGUUGGGAGAUUCCGUUAGGUUUUAGUUCGGUCAAAUCGCACAUACGCCUUGAGACAUUUCGUUAAUCAUAGACAAUAAUUUCAUUCAAUAGAUAGAAAAUGUAAUCUAGUUGCCUUCGGGCAGAUUAAAAUUAUUUCAUAAAAAUGCAGUCCUACUUGUUCAGUAUGAGACGACAAUGUUGAAAUGCCAAUAAUACAGACAUUCCUUUUUGCUAAAUAUAUGAGUAUAAUACUAAAUUAUUGGAUGACCGUUGAAACUUGUCAUCAAAUUUAAAUUCUAAAUUUUUUUGCCUACCGCCAUAAUGAAACAAAACAAUAUCACCAUUUCUAAAGUACUGGUAACUGCUAUAUAAUUGGGUAUAGAAGGGGAGUAGUCUUUGACAUCAAAUGAUGUAUGCCCAACCCCGUAACAUCUUGCCAAGUUUAACAGUUUGACAUCUACUGAAGAGAAAGGAGUGUGUAUAACUGAGUAUAUUGUUAAAUGUUCCUCUGGGAUUGCUACAUACUGUUUGUUCAUAUAUACGUCAGAAGUAGCACAUUGAAAUGCCUGUUUUGAUGUCUUCAACUAGGUAAGCCGACUAAUUCCUAAAUUGUCACUACUGUCAAAAUAUAUGAACAACCGUAUUGGGUACUUUUAGGCGUAUUUUUGGGGAGUCUAGCGUGAUAAGCAUACUUGACAUUGCUGCUUAAAACUACAUCAAGUCAUGUCUUCUAGUUUAAGGUGUGUCGUAAAUUGUUUUAGUAGAGAAUUUAUUUUUUUAAAGCACUUUUUUUCUACAUUCAUUAUUUACACGAUUAUUUUUGUUUUAAAAUUAUUCUUAUAUUCGUGGUUUAGCAUAUAAGUUUUCCUGAAAAAGAUAUUGUGCCCAUAAGUAUUUAUUAUCAUGAACGUUGCAUUUUGGUGCUGUCAACUUUUUUUCUAAUGUUGUUUUUAAGUCAUGUAAGAAAUCGAAGAGUUAAUAAACUGUUGGUCUUAUAAAGUAGAUGAUUUCGCAUUGUUAUCUUUUAGUUUCUCUUAUAAUAUUAUUUCUUAUAAUUCAUAGACAAGAUCUUGUGAAUACUGUGAUUAUCCAUCUCAAGAUAUCAUUUCAUGCUUACUAAUUCAAUAAUAUAUAUAUAUACUCUAGUAUUGGUCACAUUAAAAUUACUAAAAUGAAAUAAUAUUGUGUACGUCGGCUUUCGCUGUUUCAGAAAAAAACACUAUGAUAAAGUUAUCGAAAACCUGCAAUAUUUUGAGAAUAUUUUCCAUAUUAUGUUAAUUUUUAUUUCACUAAUCUUGUAGAUAAAACAUUAUCGUUGUUUGAGGACCUUACCUAAUUUGAAAUAUGUGGGUUUGUUAUUUUAUUUACGAUUAAAAUUUACUUUUAAGCUAACAAAUUAUGCACUAUUAUAUUUCACAUCCUUUCAAGAGACAAUAAACACGUUGCUUGGGAGCGAGAACUUACAAUAUUAAGUACUUAAUACCUAAGUGUGGUAUAUCCCCUUGUUUAUAAACGUACAAUAAACCUCUUCAAAUAUUUGCCUUUACCCUCGCGUCAUUUUGCCAUGAAAUAAACUGUAUAAAAUAUUAUUUAGCUAUAACGGCUUAAAGUACGUUUAUGAACAAGACUGGUGACAGGGAGCUGAUGUGUGCCGUGCCUGGCGUUUUUUUGUUUUAAUAAAAACGUUGAUAUAAUUGUAACAAGACUGUCUGUCAUAUUGGCAAGAUUUGUCUCGGAAAUUGUACUUUUGGUUUUUAAAUAAAUACAUAAUAUUGUCCUCAA